UCUAAGAGUCGGAAGGCCGCCUGAUUGCCCAACUUCCUGCAAACUUUUCUGUCAAAAAUAUAUCACGUUUUCGAUCUAACGAGGAUGAUAAUAACAUUACACUAAAAAUGAAGCAAAUCUUUAGGAAUAUUGAUAAAUACAAUGCAGGGUCAGUAGAACUGGUCCCUGAGGAACCAGAGGACAUGUGGCAUGCCUACAACUUGGUAGCAGUUGGUGAUACACUGAGAUCUACAACAAUCAGAAAAGUACAAACUGAAUCUGCGACAGGAAGUGUUAGUGUAAACAAAGUGCGGACAACUCUUACAAUCCAGGUGGAAACUAUCGACUUUGAUACACAAGGAUGUGUUCUUAGGGUCAAAGGUCGAAAUAUACAGGAGAACCAAUAUGUCAAGAUGGGAGCCUAUCACACCUUAGAUCUGGAACUGAAUAGAAAAUUUGCACUAGGCAAACAUGAAUGGGAUAGUGUAGCAAUAGAUAGAAUAGAUAUGGCUUGUGAUCCCACUCAACAUGCUGAUUUAGCUGCUGUGAUAAUGCAGGAAGGAUUAGCUCAUGUUUGUCUCAUUACACCCAAUAUGACAUUGUUACGUGCCAAAAUAGAAACCACUAUACCUCGGAAAAGGAAAGGAAUGUGUGCUCAACACGAUAAGGGUCUUACAAAGUUUUAUGAUCAGAUUAUACAGGCGGUACUACGGCAUGUUAAUUUUGACAUUGUGAAGUGUGUUCUUAUUGCAAGUCCAGGCUUUGUAAAGGACCAGUUUGCAGAGUAUAUGUUUACAAUGGCAGUGAAGAUGGACUGGAAAAUACUUACAGAUAAUAAAUCAAAAUUUGUACUGGUACACUCUUCAUCAGGAUUUAAACAUUCACUGAAGGAAGUAUUACAAGACCCAAGUUUGGCUCCAAGACUUGCUGAUACCAAAGCUUCGGCAGAAGUUAAAGCUUUAGAUGAAUUCUAUCAAAUGCUGAUGAAUGAUGCAGACAGAGCCUCAUAUGGAGUGAAACAUGUUGAAAAGGCAGUAGAUUUGCAGGCUGUAGAGGUUCUGUUGAUAUCAGAUGAGUUGUUCAGGGCUCAAGAUGUACAAAAGAGGAAAAGAUAUAUAAAAAUAGUUGAUGGUGUCAAGGAGAAUGGAGGGGAAGUUAGAAUUUUUUCAAGUCUACAUGUUUCUGGGGAACAACUAGGACAAUUAUCUGGUGUGGCAGCCAUUUUAAGAUUCCCGAUUCACGAUGAGGAUGAUGAUUCAGAAGAGGAAGGAUGAUGAAAGACGAGACUUUUAAAAAAAUAUAAUUAACCUGACCCAUUCAAGGUUUCAUGUGCAAUGUUCAUUUGACCCCUUUCAAGGUUACAUGUGCAAUGCUCAUUUGACCCUUCUCAGGGUUACAUGUGCAAUGUUCAUUUGACCCCUCUCAGGGUUACAUGCCCAAUGCUCAUUUGACCCCGUUCAGGGUUACAUGUGCAAUGUUCAUUCAGCUUGUGUUGAUGCUGGGGAUGGUCAUGGUCUUGCUUUAUCAUGUGAUUACCAUCCAGGAACUGUCAAGAUGAGAAAUAGAAUUUGAGAGCAAGUCCAUGGAAUAUAGGUCAUUGUUAAUUCAUCAGUAUUCAUUUGAAUACUAGUUUUUGUGUCAUUUGGUGACUCCAGGUGACACAGGGAUCAUUUUCUGCUAUCUGCCCCUCAUUGUAAAUCUGUUGUCUUUGUGCUUUAUUUAUCUUCAAAUCAUACAACAUCACUUCGUUAGAAUCUUCCUACUUGAAGUUUUAUUGUGCACCUUUUACACAUGCAAUUUUAGGAGUGAUCUUGCAGAUCAAUUUCUAUUAUGUCUAAAUCACAAAUUCACAAAAUGGAUAUUUGAUGGUCUGUUGGCAUGAGUAUGAUCUUUUACAUAUAUUAUUGGUGUAAUCAAGUAAAGUUAAAACAGCUGGUGAAACAUUUUGUUUAUUAUGCUAGUUCCUCAACAAAUUAUGUAACAGAAAAGUAUAUCACGACAUAUUCUAUA